AUGGAUGCCUGUAAUAACGUACUCACCAUGAAUAACAUCCGGUUAUUCCUUUUCCAACUGCUCCGAGGUUUGGCGUACUGCCACCAGCGCCGAGUACUCCAUCGCGAUUUGAAACCGCAGAAUCUUCUGAUAACUGCCAAGGGCGAGCUGAAGUUGGCCGACUUUGGUUUGGCGCGGGCUAAAUCUGUACCAACGAAGACCUACUCGAAUGAGGUGGUGACGCUGUGGUACCGACCGCCGGAUGUGCUUCUA